AUGAAAAGACGCAAUCACAACACUCCUCCUGUUAACAGAAACAAAUACCAAAUGUACAUGAGACAGCAAAUAACUAUAGGAAAGCUAUACAGGAAAUAUAGGAAAAAGAAUCAAAGUUCCCGUAUUCGAAACAGCAAACACCCCAACAAACAAUAG